AAUGCACGAUCGAUUGAACGAUCGUCGAGACAAUAAUUCGGGAAUAGGAAAUAAAAAUUAUCAGAAAGAUAUUCGAUACGCUCUGCAAUUUUGUCGUUGGGUUCUCAAACCGAUUGGUAUCUGGCCGUUGAUAUACGAUGGUGUAACGAAAAGGGAAAUAAUUAUUUCGAUCGUUCUCGGUUUCGCUUGCGUUUCCUGUUUAUGCUUUGUCCUCAUACCGUCCGGUCUCCAUACAUUGAUCUAUGAGAAAAAUAUAAACGUUAAAUUGAAACUUUUCGGGCCUGUUGGCUUUUGUCUCACGUCAACGAUAAAAUAUUGUUAUCUUGGUAUAAAAGGAAAAGCCAUUGGUCGUUGCAUCAUCUGCAUGGAGAAAGAUUGGAGGCAUAUAGGAGACGAAGAUUAUCGAAAGAUCAUGAUCAAGCACGCUACGGUAGGUCGUAAUCUUACCAUUCUUUGCGCAAGUUUUCUCUACAGUGGUGGCAUGUCCUAUCAUACGAUUAUGCCGUUGUUCUCGCGCAAAAGAAUCGAUGAGAAUCAUACGAUCAGACCUCUAACUUAUCCGGGAUAUGAUCACUUUUUUGAAUCGCAAGCUAGUCCAACUUACGAGAUCAUCUUUAUUACACAUUGCAUAUACGCCUUGAUAACGUACAAUAUAACUACGGCGACCUGUAGCUUGGCGGCUACCUUUGUCAGCCAUGUUUGCGGUCAAGUGCAAAUUAUUAUAUCUCGAUUGGACGAUCUCAUCGAUGGUAAAAGAAGCAAAAAUACAUUAUUAGCGGAUCGUCUUGCAGUGAUUAUUCAGGAUCAUGUCAAGGUGCUUAGAUUUUCAGAACAAGUCGAUAAAGUUCUACGUGAAGUGUGUUUAAUGGAAUUAGUUGCCUCCACCUUAAUUAUAUGUCUACUUCAAUAUUAUUGCAUGACGGAAUGGACUAAUAACGACGCUAUUGCCAUUCUCACGUACUUUAUCCUUCUAGUUUCUUUUACUUUUAAUAUUUUUAUCUUUUGCUACAUCGGUGAGCUGCUCGUUAAUCAGUGCAGAAAAAUUGGUGCAGCCUCUUAUAACAUCGAAUGGUAUCGUCUGUCUGCAAAUAAAGGUUUAGACCUUGUUUUAUUGAUAGCGAUAGCGAAUUAUCCACCAAAAAUAACCGCUGGGAAGAUAUUCGAGUUGUCAUUUGCGACUUUCGGCCGUGUUCUAAAAUCGUCGGUCGUAUAUCUGAACUUAAUCCAAGCAGUAGCAGAAUGAAUUGAGAAU